AUGAAUUCUACAGAACUUGCCCAUAGAAAGACCAAAACUGUUACUGCUGCCACUACCACCACUGCCACCGCUUCCACUGCCACCAAAAGCCCAACUGUGCAAAGAAUCCUGGACCUCCUCAAUGAAAUGGAGUCCACCAGUCAGCUGGAGUACUCUAGCCUCCAAAAGUUCCAUCUGUGUCCAUUGUGUUUGGCCACUUUGAAAGAGAAUGGCCUGAGCCACGACCACCUUGCUCAAGAAAAUAUCACGUUGACAGAGCUGAUUAAAGAACUAGAAGAUAAGCUCAAACUUUCAAAGAUAGAAAUCAAAGACGUCACAAGACAGAAUAGUGAGCUGCAUGCACUUAUCACAGAGUAUAAAGUCACUCCCUCAGAGGAAAAAGACAAGGAUGGCACCUCUUCAUGUGAGAACUCAGAAGCUAAAUGUACAGAUACCAAGGGGAAAUUGCUGGGUCAAGUGGCUACACUGACAUCUGAGGUUAGCAGGUUGGAGAGUGAGUGCAGCAGUCUUCAGGUUCAGCUAGACUGUGAGAGGGAUAAGUAUAACAAACUGCUGGGAGAAUCUCUUGCUCAUGAAAAGUUGUCUGAAGAUGUCAUAACUGAACCAAAAGGUGACUACAUCACCAUCUACCAGUUGCAGCGAGGAGUGAUGAAGCAGCAAGCUCGAGAACGCCAGUUAGACCUUGCCAGCCUCCAUCAUGAAUGAGAGGAAAUGAAGCAAAACCACUCAGCAGGGUUUCUGUUCCCCUGCACCACCAUUGAGGAGGAGAAGCGGGUGUGUUCGGGAGGCAAGAGGAAGCUGUUCUGUAAGGAUUUUGUCAACAAUGGAGAAAUAUUGUGUCUCUUGGCCACUGCCUCUGCCCUUCUUGUCAUUCUUUCCCUGGUAAGUGGUGAUGGUCUUUUGUUGGUCUCUCUCUCUCUCUCUUGUGUGUGUUAUUUUAUUUAUUUAUUUAAUUUCUUUUACCUGAAGGUUAACACUUUCUCAUACUGGUGUUAGGUUCAUCAGUCAGUCUUUUUUUUUUUUUUUUUUGUUUAUUCAUGCAUUUAUUAUACCAGAUUAGGGUGUUCCCAGUAGUACUCUCUCUCUCUCUCUCUCUCUCUCUCUCUCUCUCUCUCUCUCUCUCUCUCUCUCUCU